GUUCCCGCUCCCCGGGCAGGCGGCGGCGGGAGUCGGGAGUCGCGGCGUAAGGGGCGCCCCCGCCGGCCCCUCUGGGAACAUGGCGACCGGCGGCUACCGGAGCAGCGGCAGCACCACGGACUUCCUGGAGGAGUGGAAGGCGAAGCGCGAGAAGAUGCGCGCCAAGCAGAACCCCGCGGGCCCGGGUUCGAGCGUCGGGGAUCCAGCCGCCAAGUCCCCCGCAGGAUCACUGGCCCCGAACACGGCCGCGGGGACCUCGGAGCUCAACCACGGCCUCGCGGGCGCGGCCGCACCUGCCGCCCCCGGGCCCGGCGCCCUGAACUGCGCUCACGGCUCGGCCGCGCUGCCCCGCGCGGCUCCCGGCUCCCGGCGGGCGGAGGACGAGUGCCCCAGCGCCGCUGCGGCCGCGGGAGCGCCCACGUCCCGGGGCGACGAGGAGGAGCCGGAUAGCGCCCCGGAGAAGGGCCGCAGCUCGGGGCCCAGCGCCAGGAAAGGCAAGGGGCAGAUCGAGAAGAGGAAGCUGCGGGAGAAGCGCCGCUCCACCGGCGUGGUCAACAUUCCCGCGGCGGAGUGCUUAGAUGAAUACGAGGAUGAUGAGGCGGGUCAGAAGGAGCGGAAGCGAGAGGAUGCUCUCACACAGCACAACACCAUCCAGAACGAAGCUGCGACCCUCCCGGACCCAGGCACGUCCUACCUGUCCCAGGACCCGUCGAGAACAGUUCCAGGCAGAUACAAAAGCACAAGCAGUGCCCCAGAAGAUGAAAUCUCUAAUAGAUACCCCCGAGCUGACAGAAGCGCUUUCAGUAGACACAACAGAGAUGCAAACGCGCCGCCGGCCAACUCCGCCUCAAGCAGCACCUUGGAAAAGAGAAUCGAAGAUCUUGAAAAGGAAGUCGUAAGAGAAAGGCAAGAAAACCUUCGACUUGUGAGGCUGAUGCAAGAUAAAGAAGAAAUGAUUGGAAAACUCAAGGAAGAGAUUGAUUUGUUAAAUAGAGACCUAGAUGACAUGGAAGAUGAAAACGAGCAACUAAAGCAGGAAAAUAAAACUCUUUUGAAGGUAGUUGGGCAGCUGACAAGGUAGAAGACUCAAGGCUUCAGCGUGGAAAGCCUGCUUUUAAACUACUGAUGAAUGUCAUGGCUGAGGCUAACCUGAGGCUCCUGUGAUUCAGUACAUUGACAGAGAACUGUAUAUUUAUUUCUAGAAAUCACGUGGAUUUUUUUUUCAAGAUUCACUCUUUUUCAUUGCUAGUUUUUAAAAAGUAUAAACCCUGUUUUUAAAAACCCUGUAUUUCACAUAGAAGUAACAUUUUUAGUCAUUAAAAUGAUAGGUAAUGCCUCUUGGUUUGGUGUGAUACUCAGAUAAUAUAUGGUUCAAAGUAACGGCCAUUUGCAUAAUUUUAUCUAUGCUAGCACAUAUUCUCCCUAAAGGAAUAUGCGUAGUCUUUGUUUACAUGAAUACAGAUACUUGGGGGAGUUGCCUAGAGAUGCCUUAUUUAGUAAUACGUGCAGCCUUGUGUGUUAACACUUCCACAUGCACACUCAUUCGCUGUGCCACUUCCUUCCACAUGCUGUAAUGAUUUCCAGUAGUAAUAGACGCACUAUAGCAGUAUAUAGUACUGCUAUUUGUAUAGCAGUAAUCAUUCAAAGGAAAGCUACUUUACAGAGUUAUGUUCUAGUUGGCUAAAUAUAAACUUAAGAGAAUACUUGAACUGUGUUAUAUAGUAAGUGAAAAAUUACUAUUUUGUGUUUUGAAUUUUGAAAAAAAAUUUUCAAUAACUUCUGAAAAAGCAGUUUGUGUAUAGUUUAUGUAGGUACUAUUGUUUCUUUUUUUUUUUAUUGCUCUAGGGUUUACUAGUAAAUAAUGGGAUAUUUAAAAAGUCGUUUAUUCUUCAGGCCUCAAGUUGUGUAUAAUUUCAGUGUUGAAGAAGAAAAUUGAUGCUGUUAAUAGCAUGUGCUUCAAAAUCAGAAACAAAAUAUUUUUCCACGCUAAAAAUAUGUACAUAUAUGUCAACAUAUGUAAGCAGAGAUAACAGGAUAAUCUCAGCUGAUUCCUGAGUUGGAGACUCCCUGGGACGCCUUUUUCUCAAGAGAGAAUAGUCCCAUAAUCCAAACGCUGAAGAUUUUAAAGCAACCAUAUUUGAAAAUUUAUAAAAUAAAGUUGUCUUCUAUUAAA